CUAUAAAAUACAAUUAUCGAUAACAGUAGCUGUCUGUACUAAAUGACUGGUAAGAAACUCAACGUAGUUGGACUCAAUUGUGGUACCAGUAUAGAUGGUAUUGAUGUGGCACAGUUGGAAGUAUCCCUUGAACAGGCUGAUAAUGCUGCUGGUUUUUUCAGUCUUAAUGUGAAACUCCUCCACUACAGCGAAGCCCAAAUCGACCCACACCUCAAGAAAUUAGUAUUAGACACUUGUUACCCAGGUAAGAGUACAACCAUAGCCGAUGUCUGUGACUUGAACUUUGCUAUUGGUGAAGCGUUUGGGAACGCGGUGUUGGAUAGUGGUAUAAACUUAGAUGAGGUGGAUCUCAUCUCCAGCCAUGGACAAACUGUAUGGCAUGAACCAAGAGGAGGAGUUAGGAACUCAACCUUGCAAUUAGGUGAGCCUUCUGUGAUUUCUCAGCUUACUGGUAAAACGGUUGUCAGUGGUUUCAGAACAGCAGAGGUGGCAGUGGGUAGACAGGGAGCACCUAUAUGUGGGUUUUUAGAAAGUGCACUUCUUCACGAUGAUGCUAAAGUGAUAAUCAGCCAGAAUAUUGGUGGCAUUGGAAAUGCUACUGUCAUUGAUCCCAAAUUAACUUUCUUCCAGUUUGACACCGGCCCUGGGAAUAUGAUGAUUGACACGGCUGUGAAGAUCUUGACAGACAACCAGAAACAAUACGAUGUUUCUGGGAGCAUGGCUAAUGAAGGUGAGAAUGAGAUAGACCAUGAGUAUGUUGAAGCGUUUUUAAACCAGCCGUACUUCGGCCUUUCGCCGCCAAAAACAACCGGUCGGGAGUUAUUUGGUGAUAAUGUUAGUGAAAGAAUCACUAAGGAGCUAAUAAGUAAAGGGUUGAGUCCAUCUGGAGUGGUUGCAACAAUUACUCGCAUAACUAGUGAAAGUAUUUCCAGAGCCUACGAAAUGCAUGUUCUUCCACAAGUGACUAAUUCCGAGAUAGACGAAAUAUACCUAUGUGGAGGAGGAGCCUACAAUACCAACCUUGUGAAGAAUCUCCAAAAAAGGUUUCCAACUACCAAAGUUGCAAAAUUAAAUGAGAGAUCGCCAGUGAAUGCCGAAUCAAAAGAAGCGGUAGCAUUUGCAAUAUUGGGCUACUUGUGCAUUACUGGAGCAUACGCCGAAAUUCCCCGAUUUUCUGAAUCCGAGGAAAAAACGCAUAUGGGUGUUAUCACUCCAGGCAAGAAUUUUAACAGGUUGUUCUCUUGGAUCUCAGGAUUAGACGGAAUGGUGUUAAAAAAUGUUAUCGUAAAAUAAAUGUACAAAGAUAUAACU